GGGUAAUUUUUUUUUCAAUCAUGGCACCAAGAAAGAGAAAACCAACCUCCUCGGAAACCAAUGAUGCAGGGGAAUCCAGAGCCAAAAGUAAGCGUGCAGAAAAGAAAGAAGCAACCAGGUAAGCUUGUGGCAAGGAUUUCGCAUAGGUCAACUUGAGUUUAACGUGAUGAGGAUCUGCCUCGACACAGAGUCACCGUCCGGUCCUUGGCGCUUCGUAUGGCAGCCAUAUUCCUGUUCCUCGGUCUGGCUCACUGGUACUCUGUUGAUGCUGGUCUCCAGUCCUUGGCAAAGCAGAACGAAGAUGUGCCUUUGAGACGUUUCAACGUCACCUGUUCUUCAGAUUUCCAGUCCGACCUCAAGAAAUUUAAAGGUACCGGAUGUGCACCUACCCAGUGUGGGAGGGUGGUCAUGGAUGGCCUUAUAUCAAAGAGUGAAGCCAGGCAUCUUUUAGAACUUGCCAAAAACGGAAUAAGUCUUGGAGGUUCCAAUGGAGGGGCCUCAAUUCUCGAUCUUCAUUCUGGUGCGCUUUCAAAAGGUGAUUCAUUUAUAAAUAUUUACAAAUAUUUAGAAAAAGGAGAAUUAGGCAGUGUGUUUCAUGAAGGUGACUUCAAGCUGUACAGCACUGUUGCCAAAAAGAUCAAGCGAGCCAUAGCCAAAGAGUUUGGUAUCCGGCUUGACAAGCUGCACCUAACCCAUCCUACAUUCUUCUCAAGGAUGACCAACAAACCGGCUAAGACUAUACACGAUGAAUACUGGCAUGUCCAUGUGGAUAAGGAGACCUAUGAGACGUUUGACUACACGUCUUUACUCUACCUGGCUGACUAUCAGAAGGAUUUUGAAGGCGGUCGCUUCAUUUUCACGGACAAAGGUUCCAACAUGACAGUAGAACCGAAACUUGGGAGAUUAUCUUUCUUCACAUCUGGCUCAGAGAAUCCCCACUACGUGGAACGCAUCACCAAGGGAACCCGAUACGCCAUUACAGUGUCUUUCACGUGUGACAAAACAAAAGCAAUCGAACACCCGAAACUUCACAAGUCCUAAAACGUGAGUCCCCUCCCCAUCCCCAUACUCCCAAGCGAAUGUUCAAGAAGCAAAAACAUGUGACAAUGGAUUUUCGGAAAGGCAGCAUAGUAAAUCAUUCAACUUGUCCUUGUUUUUUUUUCGCUUUAAAUUUGUUUGCCCUUGAAAUGAAGAAACACUGUAGAAAUACCAUUAACCCUCCUAUAUUGGUACUUUUAACUAUCACAAACUGUCAAAAACCUUACCCCUUACCUCCCUCAAUAGUCACCAACUACCAGAAACCCCUAUGGAUCAAACCGUAUAACUGUCAAAGCCUGUUGAAGUCUGAAGUGGUUUGAUAGAUAGGGUCCCCAAUACUGGCACAGCUUGUGUAGCAGCCAUUUUAAAGGGCGAUGGCUUUGUUUGGCUGGAAUGCAUGAGUGAACCUUUUGUGCCUUCAUUGUUACUGAGCUAAACCUAUCAUUGACAGGCACUCACCAGUGCUGACCCACCACAUCUACAUAGCUGCCAACUUUUCAAAAUCCCAAUUGGUAAUCAA